AUGAUCAGUGAAACAUCGACGAUGCGGUUACCUUCAGAGAUAGUCUAUGAAAUCUUAUCAUACCAGUUCAAGGAUCUUAUGUCUAAUGAUCACUCAGCUACUAGUGAGAAAUAUCACUCCAAUAUCAAAACUUUCUUAGGAUCGAACUCUACUGUUAACAGGACAUUCCAUCAUGUAUGCAGAGUACUCAUUUAUAGAUAUUUGAACUUUACUACAGCAAGGUCAUUCCACAAGCUUUUAAACACUUUAAAAGAGGAUGAUCCUGGAUUAAGAAAGUUGGUAGAGGUAGCAGACUUUCAAGAGUUAACAUCGAUUGGUCUUGGACGGACUGGAGAAAUGAAUAGGAUGAUCAAAAACCUCACAAAUGAAACUCUUUGGGAAUUCUUAUUAUUGACCAAAAAUACGCUAAGGGAAUUUCUAGCCAGUGAGCAUAUUCAGGGAGAUAUAGACGAGAGGAUAGUCCAUUUCUUACUUUCUCCUGGAACAGUGUUGAGUGUGGUAGAUUUCUGUGGAUGUUCCGGAUCCGUUUUCACAAAACAGUUUGUUACAGCAGUAGAAAAGAUGGCGGCACACCCAAGUUCUCGUGAAAACUUUCAGAUUACAUGUCUAGGUUUGAAUGACUGUACAGACAUUCCAGAUAAUACCCUUUCAAAGCUAUUGAACCUUCUGCCGGAGUUACAGAAGUUAGAUUUAACGCAUACUGCUAUUGACGAUGGUACUCUAAUAAAUAAUUUACCACAUUGGAAAAAUUUGACACAUUUAUCCUUUGGAGAAUGUUUGCAAUUGACGCCAAGAGGAAUUUUGGAGUUCUUUUCAUACCAUCCAGCUGUAACAGAUGAAAAUAACAAUAGUACGCUACAAUGGCUAAACGUGCAAGUGCAUCCACAUACGUCAACAUGGACCGAUACGCAGACAUUGUUUUUGUUAAAGAAGUUAUGUCAAUAUGGACACAAUAAAACGUUGGAAUACCUUAACAUCGGAGGACUGCCAUUGCACUAUUCAGAUGACCGCACGCUAAUCAAAACUCCGCACUAUUAUCAGUGCCAUGAUUCCUUACAGUUUAUAAAGUUGAAUUUUCCAGCAUUGAAAAGUUUGAAUAUAAAGGAUACUAAUGUACCUUACGAUAGAAUAAUACAGUUCCUAUCACCUGUUCAUGAUAGUGACAUCGAGGUUGAACAAAAGUUAAAAUUUUUAAAUAUCUCGAACAACUCCUAUAUUAAUCGAUGGACCAUCCAGGAUCCUGCAUUAUUCACAUGUUCCGAUUCUUUAGUGUCAUUGGAAUUAUCAUUUGACUCUUGGCAGCAGAUUGAAAACCUGAAUGAUCGUCAUGAAUUGAACUGUUUCAAAAACAAGACUGGAAGAACAUCAAUUAUUCAAGAUAUAAAGAACAUGGAAAGCGUCAAAUGGAAAUGUUACAUCGAUUCAUCUUAUGGUAGAAGGUAUUGGCUAUACAAGUGUGACCCAUAUUUGAAUCGUGAAAAUAUCGACCAAGCAGCCUCAUUGACCAGAUACGAUUCCGAUGGGAGAAAGAUCAUUGAGAUCGUAAAGCAACCCGACUUUCUUAAAUUCGCCCAAAACAAGAUCAUGUUAGGAUGUGGUAUUGUUCCAAUGAAUUCUGCAAGAAGAAGAUUAAUAUAUAAAGACAUGAAACCUCCAAUUUCAAGAUUUUUCAAUAGAGAUGGCCGGUUCGCCACACCAGGCACACACGCAAUGCCUAUUCUCUCACCAAGACUCCCACCUGGUGGAUGGAGGCUUAUCAGAAAUGAUGACGAGGAUACUACUACAGAAGAUGACGCAAGUACAAUUGAAGAGAAUAGUCCAAUAAUCCAUAACUCGUUCCAAUCGCUUACUUCGAUUCCCGAGACGCGCCCACCUCUUGUGCGAGAAAACACAAGAGAUGCCAUCUACUGGGACAGAUCCGCAACCUCUGCAGAUCCCACUCUUACGGAAAGUGAAUACGAGAAUGCUGAAACGGACUAUGAUUAUUUGAACGAUCCUGAACUUCAGAGAAGAAGAUCACAGAUGAGCUUGUUCAAUAGUUAUCAUCGUUCUUCUUCCAAAAAUAACCUCAACAACAACAAUAACGGUAACACAUCCAAUCUGACGAAUGCAUUCAAGCAACACUCACAGUCUCAAUCUCAAUCCCAAACGUCUUUGCCACACUACUUGUCCACUCCUUCUUCUGAACACUAUAAAAAAAACGACAAAAACAAACUAAGUGCAGAUUACGUUUAUGACCCUAAUGAACCAGAAAUGAACAAGCGGUACCGUAUCCACUACGAGCAACUGCAAGAAUACAAAGUAUUUGGCACUGUGGAACGCGGAAUGUAUCGCUACUAUUCUCUCAAGACUUAA